AUGGCCGCAACUACUCCCCGAGGACGUCUCCAAGGCAAGAAUGCCAUCAUUACCGGUGCAGGCGGUGGUAUCGGCCUCGAAACCAGUAUCUUAUUCGCCCGUGAGGGUGCCAAUGUCUUGAUGGCUGACGUAUCGGACGCCGCGCUCGAAAAGGCACUGGCCAAGGUGAAGGAGGUUGUGCCUGCCGCACCCCGUGUUGAGUCGAUUCGCUGCGAUGUAUCCAAGGAGUCGGACGUACAGGCGAUGGUCGAGUCACAAGAUAGCUGGGGUGGCACCGACGUGAUCUUUAACAACGCCGGAAUCAUGCACGCCAACGAUGCCGACGCCAUCGACACCCCCGAGAAGAUCUGGGAUCUCACACACAACAUUAACGUCAAGGGCGUUUGGUUCGGUAGCAAGCAUGCCGUCCUCAGUCUGCGUCGUCACAAGAAGGCCCGUGGCAGUAUCAUCAACACCGCUAGUGUGGUUGCUCUGGUUGGUGCUGCCACUCCCCAGUUGGCAUACACUGCCAGCAAGGGCGCUGUUCUCGCUAUGACCCGGGAGCUGGCCAUUGUCCACGCCCGUGAGGGCUUCCGCUUCAAUGCGUUGUGCCCUGCCCCCCCUGAAGUAGGUCUCCAUCACAACAGAACCAUUUUGCACAGCUGCUCACCAAAAUAUAGCACCCCUCUUCUGCAAGAUUGGCUGGGUGAUGACCAGGCGAAGCGCCACCGCCGCGAGGUCCACUUCCCGACCGGUCGGUUCGGCGAGGCAAUUGAGCAGGCUCAUGCCGUCGUCUUCCUCGCUAGCGACGAGAGCAGCUUCGUCAACGGAACCGACUUCGUUGUUGAUGGUGGAAUGACCAAGGCUUAUGUUACCCCGGAGGGCCCGGCCACCCCUGCGCCUCAGAACAAUGGCCACUAG